AUGAAAGAGGGAGAUGAGUCGAAGGCAGCCUUCAAGACCAAGCGUGGCCUAUAUGAGUGGAUGGUUAUGCCAUUCGGAUUGUCCAAUGCUCUGAGCACCUUUAUGAGGCUGAUGAACCAUGUCUUGCGGGAACUCAUUGGCCAUUUUGUUGUUGUCUACUUCGAUGACAUUUUGGUCUACAGCAGAACCCUUGAGGAGCAUGCCGAGCAUCUUGGGAGAGUCUUCGAAACUCUGAGACGAGAGAAAUUGACUCAGAGGGGUAAAGACUCAAUUCUGGUAGUGGUUGAUCGCUUCUCUAAGAUGGCUCAUUUCGUUCCGUGUCACAAGUCUGAUGAUACUUCCCAUGUUGCUGAUUUGUUCUUCAAAGAAGUAGUGAGGAUGUAUGGUAUUCCUAUAGGCAUUGUGUCUGAUCGAGACCCUAAGUUUUUGAGUUACUUUUGGAAGACCUUAGGUGAUGCGAUUCCUGCUAAGAAUGACGAGACCUGA